CAUACUUCGAUCUACAGAUUACACACGCGAAAAAACUUUAAGGAAAAUUGUUUGACGAUCUGUAUAGAUCUCCGCGUAUCUCCUCGUAUCCUCGUUUAAACUCUUUUUCAAUACUGGUGAACGGUAAUGGCGGCGUCUUAUGAAGUAUAGUUAAGUCACAUUAAAAAAACCCCACACAACUCGGUGGAGGGAGGGUUUGUUGAAUAUUUACUCCUGGAUGAAGACAUUUGUUCUCGGCUGUAUCUUUAUCAGUAAAGAUGCCUCGCUACGAGCUUUCUCUCAUUUUGAAAGCAAUGCAAAGGCCAGAAACUGCAGCCGUGCUUCGGCGCACAGUGGAGACCUUGUUGGAACGCGGCGCCGUGGUUAGAGAGUUGGAACACCUCGGCGAAAGAAGGCUGCCCUACAAGAUUUCCAAGCACAGUCAGCGCCAUAUUCGCGGAGGAUACUUUUUAAUCGACUUUCAUGCUUCGCCGAUUAUUUUAAAAGACUUACAGAAUCACCUUGAGCGAGAUGUGGACGUCAUCCGGCAGACCGUGUUAAAGACAGACACUGGGUUUACUAAGGCGCAAUAUUGCGGCCUAUCGACUUCCCAAACAAACAAGAUAUCUUCUGCAUAAAUGUCUGUAAAGAUGAAGAUUAGACUACUCUGACUGGAUGAUUCUGCAUUUCAGUAUGAGUUUAUUACUGGAAAUGAAUAAAGUACUAAAUCUUUCAAA